ACUGACGACUGCACUCCCGCGUAUAAUCCAUUUGAACAAGGCGCUGAAUGUCACAUGUUCGUGACGUCACCAGAGUCUUACUGUCAUGUGCUCGUGACGCCACCAGAGGCCUAUUAUCCGCUUGGAACUAGCAGCGACCAUUCGGGGACUUUCUUUCAGUAAAUCCAGCAGACCUCUCCUCAGAUUGCUGAGCCAAUGCUUAAUUCCGUAGAGAUUCUGCUUAAUUGCUUAUUUUCAUAUCACAUACAUUCCCUAAAAACAAGUCACUGAUGAGGUAACUAGCCCUUGCUUCAGCCUAAUUCUCCCCCCACACCCUACAACCCUAAUUAUACAAGGUUUCUCAUACUAAUCUCUGGGCUGCAAGAUGUUUGGGGACUUAUUUGAGGAAGAUGAAGACUUUUCAUUCCUUUCAAGCAGUCCAAACACGAAUAGUAAGAAAUCACACUCCAAAGAUUCUGAGACCCCAGAGCCACGAGGGGAUACACAGCUUAGUGGACUGAGAAAUCAAGGUGGCACCUGCUACCUGAAUUCGCUUCUGCAGACCCUGUUUUUCACACCAGAAUUAAGAGAAGCCCUUUUUGCUUUGGGUCCUAAAGAGCUUGGUUCACUAGAAGAUAAAGAUACACCGGAGUCCCAGGUGCGAAUUAUUCCCUUGCAGUUACAGCGUCUUUUUGCUCAGCUUCUGCUGCUGGAUCAGCAGGCCUUGUCAACCACAGAUCUCACAAACAGCUUUGGGUGGAACAGUAGUGAGGAGACAAGCCAGCAUGAUGUGCAGGAGUUAAACCGUAUUUUGUUUAGUGCUCUUGAGAGCUCACUGGAGGGCACAUCUGGCCAUGAUCUCAUCCAGCGCUUGUACCAUGGCACCAUUGUUAACUGCAUCCAAUGCAAGGAAUGUGGCUACAUCAGUGAAAGGCAGGAGGAUUUUCUUGACUUGACUGUGGCAGUGAAGGGCAUGUGCAGUCUGGAGGAGUCUCUGUGUAGCAUGUAUUUGGAAGAGGAGCAAUUUGAUGGAGAUAAUUUGUACAGAUGUGGGAGCUGUGCCAAGCUUGUUCCUGCAACCAAGUCUGCCAAGUUGGGGAAACUACCACCUUUCCUCACGAUAUCUCUUCUGAGGUUUAACUUUGACUUUGUAAAGUGUGAGCGCUAUAAGGAAACCGCACGGUACACUUUUCCCACCCGCCUCAACAUCCGGCCCUUUUGUGAGCAGCAUUUCCUAGAAGACUCUGUAUAUGCCUACGAGCUCUUUUCCGUUAUCAUACACAAGGGUGGCUGUUAUGGGGGUCAUUAUCAUGCAUAUAUUCGAGAUGUUGAUGAGCUGGGGCAUUGGGGACUCAAGGAGGAGGCUAAAAAGACUACGCCAGCUCAGGAGUCUGAGAAUAAACAAGAUUGCCCAAUAGUUGCUCUUGCUUCCAUCAUAGCAGAGGCUGGGGCUGAUAAAAUGGUGGCAGUCGACCAGCUGGGACAGAAGCUAUUGGAGUACAUGGGAACAUCUUGGAACAAGACUUAUCGCAAGCAGUAUGGAGCCAUUCAUAAGUUCCUUCGGAGCCAUCCCUCCGUUUUCCAAAUCAGUUCAGAUGGUUCCCUUGUAGGUUUGGCACACAGUGUUCCAGAUGCAAUAGACUCUAAUCCACAGACUUCUAGGCCAGGUACUCCAGAGAAAUCUCAAGCUCCAUCCAGAAGUGGUAGUCACUGGUUUGACUUUAAUGACUCCAAAGUGGAACCUAUAUGUGAGAAGGAUAUUGAAAAGCAAUUCCAGGGCAAGGAAUCGGCAUAUAUGCUCUUUUAUCGCAAAUGUCAGUUGAAUAGACCACCAGAAGCUAAAGGCAAUGCUCGGUUUGGAGUCACAGAGUACAUUCUGAAUGAGAUGGACCAAGCAAAUAUCAAGCUUCAGAUAAAAAGAACGGAAUCAGACUUAGAGCUCAACCGCAUCGAUCUUCGUCUCCAUCUGUCUUCUCAUUACCAGUAUGAGAAUGGUGCCCUCCAUCCAACUCUUCCCCAAAAUAACUGCGCACUGAAAAUUGCUAUAGACCGCAGGGGAACUGUAGAAAAUCUGAAGCAAAUAACUUUUCAGUUACUUGAUGAAUCUGUGGAAGGACAAGUUCUGAGUAUUGCUAGAGUUCUUCCCGCUGGACUACACAUCUUCCAGGAUCUGAUUGAUGCCAAGAUGGAUCUGGUCACUGCAGGAAUUACAGAUGGAAGUGACAUCUUUGUGUGGGAUGGAAAGCAGCUUGGGGGUGUAUUGAUUCACAGUGGAGAAGAGUUCGCUCCAGUCCUCCUCACCAUCCUACGCCCAGUCCUGCAAACAAAUUCUUCAGCGCGGUAUAGUGAAAGUCAAAGAGUGUUCACAUCAUGUGCCCAUUUAAAACACAUACAGGAAGAACUUGCUGGUCCCACCCACAAGGAGUCGGUAUUGUGCUUCCCUUCGACGGACAAUAGUGAGCAGUGGAGUUUCUAUUCCUCUGAAGAUUCAACCAAGAGCCUGAAACAACUGGGACUAAGAGAUGGCAGCUCUGUUCUCUUGUUUGAUACACGUGAUGAUGGGGAAGCAUUUUUCGCAGCAGAAAGACAUUCAUCAAAAGACUCAAUGCAGAAUUUCCUCAUGGUGCAGGACUGGUGCAGACAGCAAGAUGAGAAAGAGACGGUUACGAUUGUUAUAGCCCCCAACGCUACUGUACAAGAUAUCCGUGUGAAGGCUGUUGAAUUGCUGCAGCUAGAGGAAGAUUGUAAAAAAUAUGACACUUGCUUAAGACCCCUAAACAAAAAAGAGAAGCUACUUCCCCCAGUGCCAGAAAGCCUCACUGUGCAGGAGGCAGAACUGAAAUAUGGAUGUACCCUAGGGCUCUGCAAAGGAAAAGCCCCCAGCUCCUCCGAGAUCUUCUUGUAUUUUAUUUCUGGGAGUGAUCUGCAGGAGGGCAGCGAGCAGGAGAUUAUUUUAGAGGACACUCUCACUGUGAGACAGAGCCUGGAAAGGAUGCUUCUUAAAGCAGGUUUACCAGGUGAGGCGGGAUGGCACUUGAGAAAGAUGGACUGGUGUUAUGAAGCAGGAGAGGCUCUGAAUGAUGAGGACUCCACACUGAAGGAACUGAACAUCUGCGCUGGAGAAACAUUGGUCAUCACUGAGGGGAAACUUCCACCCAAGGGUUUCCUGAAGCUUUUUAUAUGGCUGUACUGCCCCCGGACACAGCAAGAUGCUAUAAAUCAUGUGGCCAGUGCACAAGCUACUCUGCAGACCUCCACUACAGAAGAUGAUAGUGUGCAAGAAGGUGGAACUUCUGAUUACUGUUCUGUUGGUCAGAUAGAAAUAUCUGGAGACUUGUCGUUACAGGAUGUGAAAAUGCAGAUCAUGACUUUGCCAGUUGUUGAAGCCUUAGAGAUCCCUUCUCCUGGGUUACUCCGUGUCUGGACCAUGGAAAACAAGCUUCUGGGGAAAAUCCUGCGCUCGCCUCAAAUGUUACUCAGCGAGUACAAAUUGGGGAGCAAGCCAGCACUAUGCAUUGAACCUCUGCAGGUGGAGGAAUGUUUGGGACCAAAAGAUCUUGUGUUGCGGGUGCAGCUUUCUGUCCCAGGGGAGCGUCGCUAUUUUCCUCCUGUUGAUAUUGUGUGGGAUAUCUCCAGAGACUGCACAGCCCCAGCCUUACUACAGAGAAUUGCCAUGCAUUGCUCCCUGCCAACAGACAAGGUGGAGAUUGCAAAGUACUUUCCAGAAAAAUAUGAGUGGCUUCCAAUAUCCAGUUGGACCCAACAUGUCUCCAAAAAGAGGAAAAAGAAAAAGAUGGAAAGUUUACAGGGGGCCCCUUAUCACAUAAAGGAUGGGGAUAUCAUUGGGGUCAAGAAUCUGCUGCUUGAUGACUGGACAGACUUCAACUCUGAAAUUGACCGCAUUGCAAAAGAAAAGCAGCAGCUCCCAGGGAAUGGAAACAAAAGUCAGCGCACAGAGGGACUGCAGAAUAAUCCAUCUGGAAGCCAUGGAAAGGCCCAUCCAAAGGCCCGCAAAGCGGAGACUUCUCUCUCAAUCCGAGUGGGCGCGUUCAGAUAGCGCAGAGUCCCACUCAUUGGGAGUUCCUUAUACCUCAGGGAUGAGAGGAUCUGCUGCAGGUGGUUGUCUCUGUGAGAUAACAACAACAAGUUGCACUACCUCUUGUGGAUGAAAUUACGCACUGGGUUUCUUAAACCCCCACAACAUAAAGGAUCUAUACACAUACAAAUCAGGGACAUGCCUCUAUAUAAAAGUGCCUUCCCUCUCCAUUUCUCCCUCUACUUCCCCAUUUCUCCUGUUAUUUCUUACUGAACCAAAUGUCUGCUCCAGGGAACAGUUAUUACACAAAUAAUAAUCGUUAUUACACUAAUGCUCGCUCUCAUACUAGCAUACAUCCACCUAUAUAUUCUUUUACAUGAUACACACACGCACACAUGUUUCUCUUCUAAAACACACCCUGCAUAUACUCACAUAAACAUACUAGGGGUCAUUUACAGAAUGUAGAACAAAGUGCAAGAAACAGGCACAAACCACCAUGUUUUAUUUGCAACCUGCCCCAAACGUUACCUUGGACAUAGGUCCUUGCACUCCCAAAUGAAAUACAAACACCUGUGCUUCUCCUAGAAAUACAGUUAGGAAUAUAACCUGGGGGGAGUGCCAUCCAGACUCUCAAGUUAAUGGGCACAGGGUACAUAAGAAGCACAGGUAUGUUAGUAAUGAGCACUAUGCCGGCGAUUUGCACCCCUUCUCUCACUCUCUCUCUCACACACAAACAAACACACUUAACACCCCCCCCCACUCUCUCUUUUAAUGGUUCCUUAUUAAGUAAUAAUACAUUCCUUAUACCUGAAAGGAAAGUCCAAAUGGUUCAAAUGAGCAUGAAAUACAUUUAAAUGCACUUUUAACCUGCCCAAUUGCACAAAACACUGUACAGCCCUAUCAGCAGUAACAGCCUUUCUUUUCUGUGCCUUUGCCUAAAUUCUUAACAUUUACCUUAUGUUUGGCACUUCUGCUGUUAGAUCCAUAGUAUCAUGUGUCAGAAUUUACAUUUAUUUUCCCUUUUAUCAUCAUUAUGGAUCACACAUUUUUUAGGCACACACUGAGAUCCAUAGUUUCUAGAUUGAGCCAGAAAUCAUUCAGCUGAAUGCCAAACCAAAGCUGAACCCUGGAUUACGUAUAUAUAAAUUCUACCAUGAUCACAGAUAGAUUGUAAUCAAUGUGUUUGGUGUGGCUGAACACGUAGCAUUUGGCUGAAUCCGAAUCCUUCAACAAGUGCUGGGAAUCAGCCCAAUACUAAAUCUGCCAUUCGUGUCUUUCAUUUACUGUUAUUUAUCCAGUAACAAAUCAUUUGUAAUUAAGGUUGAUCACAGAAAAAGGUAUUAAGCAUUUAAUUACAGGCUCCCUAUAGGCCGACUGUUCUUAUCCAACCAAUUUGCUGAAAGGCAGAGAAAUGUUCUCUCACGCAGAUGCCAAUUGUGCUUUGGUGUAUAAGACAAACUAGUGCCCCAAACAGAAUGGAGAGCGUGCUGAGCAUCUCAUGCUUCCCUGUCUGCUGAGGCCCCUCAUACAAUAAGACAUUUUCUGUUUCACCUCCAAGUUGCACCUAAAUGCAGCAGCAGCAUCAAUAUGAUAUCAGCCAAACUGCCUGACUAAAUCAGUGCACGAGUGGCCAACACAAACCCUGCACUACAGCCGACCAAGUCUCCCCUUUCCACAGUGACGGCUGCAGACAGGUUCCAUUUAUAGAUGUUUCUGGGCUUCAUUUCUCAGUUGUGUUUGCAGAAUUUUGUUUUGCCAGUAUAGAUUCUGAUGAGAUGCCUGUGCAUGAGGUUACUGCAGUGCUUUCCUUCAAUGAAACGGUAAUAAGAAGCUGGAGCGUUGCCCAGUGCCUCUGUCUGAUCAAUACUGUACUACUGGCUGACUAGCAGAGGCACCUGGACACAUUGCUCAUACAGGGGGCAUAGACAUGUCACAACUAAACAAUUCUACUUUAGAUAAGGUGGCUGAUUGGUGUGUUUCUAUAAGCAAUUCUAAUAAAAUAUAAAUGUUA